AUGGAGAGAGGUAGCGACAACCGUGGAAGUGGUGGCUCUGGCCAUGGUCGGGGCGGCGGCGGUGGUAGAGGUGGGAAUUACCCACGACACCAGUACCAUCAGGAGGGUCAGUAUCAAGGAGGUAGUGUUGGCGGAAGAGGACGGGUUUGGGUUCCUACCCAGAUCGGUGGUCAGCAGCGGGGUAAUUACCCCGUUCACAAAGGUCAGAGUGGUGGGUCUGUUCAGUCUCCGUCUCCGUCUCCGUCUCCGUCUCAGAGAGUUCCUGAUCAAACGAAUCCUAUUUCAAUGGAGAGGAGUAGCGACAAUCAAGGAAGUGGCGGCUCUGGCCGUGGUCGCGGCGGCACCGGAAGUAAUCGUGGUGGCGGUGGUGGCAGAGGUGGGAAUUACCCACGUAACCAACACCAUCAGCAGGGUCAGUAUCAAAGUGGUGGUGGUGGAAGAGGAGUAGGUAGGGGUUGGGUUCCCAUCCAGACCGGUGAUCAGCAGCGGGGUAAUAGGCCGCAUCAAAGAGGUCAAGGUGGUGGCGCGUACAGGCCACAUCAACAGAGUGGUCAGGGUGUGGGGCCUACAAGGGUGGAAUCAAGUGAAGGUUGUGUGGUUGGUGGAGGAGGAGGAGCGGAUGGUGGAAGAGGAGUGUGGACUUGGAGGCCUAGGGGACCCACUUUUGUGCCUGGUCAAUCCCAACCUGGGUCUUUGCCUGGUAUACCUCUUAACUUUUUUGUUUACAUUUUACUUUGA